UCCUGGCGACGCAAUUCUGCGGACGGCCGCCUUUCUGGCUGUUUUUUUCUUUUCCUUUCUGCCGCGUGAGCGAGGCCGUCAUGCUUUGGUUACUCUCAGCAACUAAGCUGGUUCCCGCCGUAGCAAGCGCCCGCUGCUUCUCAGGAUGCUUGUCAUGUUCUCAGCGAAGCUACUCCCUCCAGCCCAUCCCAGAGAGGAGAAUUCCAAACCGGUACUUAGGCCAGCCCAGCCCCUUUACACACCCACACCUCCUCAGACCAGGAGAGGUGACGCCAGGACUAUCUCAAGUGGAAUAUGCACUUCGCAGGCACAAACUAAUGUCUCUGAUCCACAAGGAAACAGAAGGGCAGAGUGGGACAGACCAGACAGUGGUUCUGCUGUCCAACCCUACAUACUACAUGAGCAAUGAUAUCCCCUAUACCUUCCACCAAGACAACAAUUUCCUGUACCUGUGUGGAUUCCAAGAGCCGGAUAGCAUUCUGGUCCUUCAAAGCCUCCCUGGCAAGCAGUUACCAGCACAUAAGGCCAUGCUUUUUGUGCCUCGGAGAGACCCUAGUCGAGAACUUUGGGAUGGCCCACGAUCUGGCACUGAUGGAGCAAUAGCUUUAACGGGAGUGGAUGAAGCCUAUACACUGGAAGAAUUUCAACAUCUAAUACCAAAAUUGAAAGAUGAGACAAAUAUGGUCUGGUAUGACUGGAUGAGGCCCUCUCAUGCACAGCUUCACUCUGACUACAUGCAGCAUCUGACUGAGGUCAAAGCCAGGAGCAAGAAUAAAGUUCGGGCUGUCCAGCAGCUGGUACAGCGCCUCCGGCUGAUCAAAUCUCCUGCAGAAAUUGAGCGAAUGCAGAUUGCUGGGAAGCUAACAUCACAGGCUUUUGUAGAGACCAUGUUUGCCAGUAAAGCUCCCAUGGAGGAAGGCUUCCUUUAUGCGAAGUUUGAAUUUGAAUGCCGGGCCCGUGGUGCAGACAUCUUAGCCUACCCGCCCGUGGUCGCUGGAGGUAAUCGGUCAAACACUUUGCACUAUGUGAAGAAUAAUCAGCUCAUCAAGGAUGGGGAAAUGGUGCUGCUGGAUGGAGGUUGUGAGUCUUCUUGCUAUGUGAGUGACAUAACCCGUACCUGGCCUGUCAAUGGCAGGUUCACAGCACCUCAGGCAGAACUCUAUGAAGCUGUUCUAGAGAUACAGAGAGACUGUCUGACCCUCUGCUCCCCUGGGACAAGCUUGGAGAACAUCUACAGCUUGAUGCUGACACUGAUUGCACAGAAGCUUAAGGAGUUAGGGAUCGUGAAGAACAUUAAGGGAAAUAAUGCCUUCAAGGCUGCUCGAAAAUACUGCCCUCAUCAUGUUGGCCAUUACCUCGGGAUGGAUGUCCAUGACACUCCAGACAUGCCCCGUUCCCUCCCUCUACAGCCUGGUAUGGUAAUCACGGUGGAGCCAGGCAUUUAUAUUCCAGAGGACGACAGAGAUGCCCCAGAGAAGUUUCGUGGUCUUGGUGUACGAAUUGAAGAUGAUGUAGUGGUGACUCAGGAUUUACCUCUCAUCCUUUCUGCAGAUUGCCCCAAAGAGAUGAAUGACAUCGAACAGAUAUGCAACAGGGCCUCUUGACCCUCGUUGCAGCCCGCAUGCCUCUCAGGUUUAGAGGGGGUAUACGUCCGCAUCUGUGCACGUGUGCCGACUGCGCAUCUGUGCGUGUAUGCUUCUACACAUGUUCCAUUUGGGAGUGUGGCAACUGUAUGAAUGUAUGAAAUUGUGUAUGUGAUCUUUAUUUAAGUAGCUAAAAAUCUGGAAAAUUGAAUUGUUGAACAGUAUGUUACUACAACUUUAGUAACAUUAACUCUGUACAAUUAAUGACCAAGGCAGGUUUAAUUUUUAAAUGUACAGAAAGAUCUUGAUUAUAUAUGUCCAUGCAUUCCAGUUAACACAAUUAAACAUACAGAAAAUUUUCUCUUUCUCUCCAACUCUUUCUCUUUCUACACUUUUGCUGAGAUCUACUUAAUAUCAUAAGCUGUUUAUGAUGCUUAUAUUUUGAGCUAACCACCAGUGUCUCUGCCUAUACUAAAAGCCACCUGUCAGUGACUGUGGGUGGCCAAUACACAUCUUCCAUAACUCCUAUCCAUCUCUUCCAGACCCUGUAUGUCUACUGGAACCAUAUGAGCCCUUGUGGGCACUGGUGUCCUACAAUCCCACCAUUCAGCUCCAAUCCAGAUUCUAGCAACACUAACUAUUAAACAAAACAGUUUUGAGUUUUUCUUGCUAUUUGGUUGCUUGUGGCCUGGAAAGUGUUUAGUGCUUGAUGAAGGAAGAAGUGGAAGAGAAAGAAAAGCAUAUAUGUAUCUGCUAUAGAUCUACACCUCUGUCUGUUCUCAAUCUGAAGAAGAUUCCUUUUCCAGGUAUCCAUGCUUUCUUUGUAGAUUCUUAGUGCACUGACCCUCAUAGCACACCCUUGAAGCUGCUGCCCUGGCCAAGGGUAGAUCCUCUCCUUACCCUGUUGACGUCAGAGGAACGGCACCCAGGUUUCAGAGAGAUGCUCCUGUUAUCAUUCUACAGUGUGUCUAGUGCAAUAUAUGGAACUCACCCAGUACCUGUAAACAUCCUAUGAUCCUUUUAUUUCUCUGAUAUUAGCACUGGAAGGGCAGUAGUAAGGAGUCAUAUUUCCCCUCAACACAGCAUUGGCUGCAUUCAUACAAGAACUCACUUUGCAGAGUGAACGGGGCUAGAUUAUUGCAGAUGGUUUAUUCAGGAGCUUCUGUCAUAGAACUACUGUGUUCGCCUCCUUUAAACCUGGAUAUGGGCCCAGGAUGUACAAAACAUGCUGAUUGUUAGAGCAUAAAUCUGAGGGAUUUUAAGAAAGAAACGAGCUGGGGGAUUAACACUCCCUGCAGUGCUAGAGGUUUGCCCAUCUUACCAGGAAAACCCAAGGUACAGAGCCAAAAGCAGACAAGCAGCAACUUCAUCAGGAGACAAAGAUAAUGGUAUAAAGCAGAGUGAUACACACGCUGUCCUGCCAGGACUCACCCUCGAGUGCUCUGGCUUUGCUCAGCAGCUGUGGGAGUGGGUGGCCACACAGGUGGUGUCUUAUCCCUGGGCCUGUCCAACCCCCCUCCCUCCAACUUCUCAGUCCCAUGCUACUUUCUAAAAGAAGGGGACUGAAAAUCCGUAACUCUAGUUUCUCACCCUUUGGGCUUCUGUGGCCCCAACAACCCUUUCCUUGGAUUGAGUGCCCUUAGUUCAUCUACAAUCCUGAAAAAGAAAUUUCCUUUUCCUUCUGUAAAUCUUUUUUUUGUGGUCUUCAACUUUCUAGCUAAAAUUCUAGGUGGCUUUUAUGUAUAGCAGCACACCUGGACACGAAACAGACUUCUGCUUAGAUUCUAGUCAAGUUCUGCAGAUGUGAGUCCUGCUUAGAAUGGCUGUGGCAGAAUUCUUCUGGUGACUUUUAAUGCCUGAGCCAAGUACAUUGUUCUUUGAGUCCCGGAUUAACCUCAGUAGCUAAGCAUUGCCUCAGACUAUCAGAACCAUCAAGAGAUGGAUUGCAUAGUGUUUCAGGGCUGUCUGACAUGUUCAGGAUUUGUUGAGCAGAUAGUGGUGCACAGGGCAAAAAUCUUGUUCAUUCUUAGCCAUACCACAGACAAGCCCCGCAUUUCCUCCAUGUCUAACUAUAAUACUUUAUAUAUGCACCAGGCUCUCCUAAUGGAAACCUUACUCUUCAGAAGUCCUUCAGACGUUACACUGGGAUUUUUCUCCCUCAGGUGGAGAGAGAUGGUUGGGUCAUUAAUGAUGCCAUGUAAACGAAGGAAGCAUAGCUCAAUAGCCUCUGCUGCUUACUUUUGUGUGUUUAUAUCAGAAAUCUGUGUUUUUCCUCAUAAUCAGGAAACAGACUGUUGUGUUUAUUUGAAACGCAGUAGUAGCAAUUGCUGGAGUAGAAACCCCUCUCUUCCCACAUCCAUAAUAUCCAAGCUAGGAAGGUACUUCUCAUGGUGACUGAAAGUUCUCUCUGGGUCUUCUUUCAAAACACCCUUAUUUUUUCACUGUCUUUGUAAGGUCAGAAGGGGAAAGCUCCUACCACAGACAUUAUAUCUUAAUUUGAGAUUAAGAUCCAUAAAAUAAGAAAAUCCCAUGAAGUUUAAGAAAAUCCCGUGAAGACAAUGUAACUCAUUAAAAUAGAAAAAUUGGACUGUGUUAUAUUUUUCAAAGCUGACAUAACCAACAUCCUCUUUAGCUUUCUCAAUAAUAGAAAGAUUACAGAUCUGAUGCAGGAGGGCUGCCUCCUCCUGUAUCUGUGUCAGAGAUCAUAAGGACAGCACAGGGACUGCCCUGCCAGGCCAGCUGUGACCUCAGAGUCCUUUGUAACACUGUGUUUCCGGUAACUGCUACCAAUAAAACAAAAUUGGGAUUUGCGUUAGACCCUGUCCGCCAUCCCUCAGCUGGCAUAUGAGCAAUAAUAGAGCUCAUUUGUGUGUGUGUGUGUGUGUGUGUGUGUGUGUGUGUGUGUGUGUGUGUGUGUUAGAAACCAAGUGAGGGCCCAGGAUGGGGGCAGCAUAAAGGACUGCUUGCAAGAGAUUUUUAUGGUGUGGUUAAUUUUUUUUUAAUUUUAGUUUCCCAAGGUGGGAUCUGUAACCUAAAACUUAAGCUGAUAGUGUUAGGUUUUAAUCCUGGGAAAAUAUAAUUCAAGCCAAAGUGUUUAAUUUUCCUAAUAUAAUGAGAAGGUGAUACAUCAUUAAAUGCUGACAUUUAAUUAGAGCAGAAGCCCAUUGUCACAAAGUACAUGCAUCUUCCUGGCUGCUCUUCUUACUUCUGCCUGUGUGUCACUGAGGAACUUGAGGCUCAGAUCCCCACUGAAAUCAAGGCCUCCUGGGGUAUAUGCUUCAUGAGGAUCUGAGGGAACUGCAGUCUUUGUUAGCAUUUAUUAAUGCUUUGUAUGACUUUUGUGCAAUUAUAUAAGUUCAGUUUGGACAAAACGCUGUUACUUUUUAAGGCUCUAUCCACUGAAAAUAGGUAUGUCAUUCCCCAACAAGGGAAAAGCAUUUAUUACUAUCAUUUUAAAAAUAAACUGUAAAACAAUAGAAA